AUGCUUUUCUUUCGCCAAUUUAUACGACGUUAUGCGGAUGGUCGUUUUAAAAAAGGAUUAAGCGAUCGUAUGUCCUGGAUACAUUUUCUCGCAUAUGAUAAGGGGAGGGGUGGCUUGCUAACCGAUUUGGCAAAGUAUAAGUAUCCGCAAACUCAAAAAAGGAACCUAGGCCAUGAUAAUACCAAAAAACCUUUUCCUUCUAUCGAAGAAAUCAAGAAAUGGGAUAAGGAACGAAUUGUUAAUUUUUUAGAGUCCAAAAAAGGCGAGUUAGAGCGUGAAUGCCUAAUUAAGGAAACUUCAAAAGCGGAAGCUAAUGAUCUUGUGCACGUUUUUGUCGACAACUCUAAUAUCGCUAUUGAAGGGAAACAUACUAUUGGCGAGCUUGAAAACCUUGGUUCAUUUGAUUAUGAAAGAGAUUCGCGUUACUUUAAUCAACUUCGUAUUGAUUAUGGUCGACUUCUUACAACUGUUCAGUGUGCUCCU